AUGUCCAAGCGGAAAGCGUCCACGCUUUACGAGGCCGACGCCGGUUUUGGAGACCUUCUCCAGCCGGAAUAUAAGGGCAAAAAGCUCGCGGACGAAAUUAACACCGUUGAUGACAAAUGGAAUCUUUUACCGGCGUUUUUGAAAGUCAAGGGACUUGUCAAGCAGCAUUUGGACUCGUUUAAUUUCUUUGUCGAUGUCGAUUUGAAGAAGAUCGUCCAGGCCAACGAAUUGGUGUUGUCAGACGUGGAUCCAGACUUCUACUUGAAAUAUUUGGACAUCAGGGUGGGCCACAAAUCAACGUCUUCACCAGGCACCAAAGAGGUGAUUUUGCCUCCCCACGAGUGUCGAUUACGGGAUUUGACUUAUUCGGCGCCCAUAUACGUGGAUGUGGAGUACACACGCGGGAGAAAGAUUAUCAUGCACAAAGACUUGGAAAUCGGAAGAAUGCCCAUCAUGUUGAAGUCCAACAAGUGUAUUUUGGACGGCAUCAACGACCACCAAAUGGCCAAGUUAGACGAGUGCCCCAUUGACCCUGGUGGGUAUUUCAUUGUCAAUGGUACGGAAAAGGUCAUUUUGAUCCAGGAACAGCUCUCCAAGAACAGAAUCAUCGUAGAAGCCGAUGAAAAAAAGGGCAUUGUCCAGGCAUCGGUAACAUCGUCCACCCACGAACGUAAGUCCAAGACCUAUGUUAUCACGAAAAAUGAGAAAAUAUACCUCAAACACAACUCCAUUGGCGAAGAUGUUCCCAUUGUCAUUAUUCUCAAAGCCGCUGGAAUCACUUCGGACCUUGAAAUUUUGCAACUUGUGUGCGGAAGCAACCCGCAGUACCAGGACCUUUUUGCCGUGAACUUUGAGGAAGCGGCUCGUUUGGAGGUUUUCACCCAACAACAGGCUCUAAACUAUGUUGGUAAACGAGUGAAAACGGUCCGGAGAGCAGGCGCACCCAAAUUGUCUCAGCUCCAAGAAGGUAUCGAGGCUAUUGCAACAACCAUAAUUGCCCAUAUAACAGUUGAUGACUUGCAGUUCCGUGAAAAGGCGCUUUACAUUGCCAUGAUGGCCAGAAGAGUGCUCAUGACAAUGCACAAUCCCAAAAUGGUGGACGACCGAGAUUACGUGGGAAACAAGCGGUUGGAACUUGCGGGCCAGCUUAUGUCGUUGCUCUUUGAAGAUUUGUUCAAAAAGUUCAACAGCGAUUUCAAGGCAAAUAUAGACAAAAUCUUGAAGAAACCAAGCCGUGCGCUGGAGUUCGAUGCAUUGCUCUCGAUCAAUAUUCAUUCCAACAAUAUCACCAUGGGUAUGAACCGUGCGAUUUCCACAGGGAACUGGUCGCUCAAGCGUUUCAAGAUGGAAAGAGCCGGGGUUACCCAUGUUUUAUCACGACUCUCGUACAUUUCAGCGUUGGGAAUGAUGACCAGAAUAUCUUCUCAGUUUGAAAAGUCUCGUAAAGUUUCCGGCCCCAGAGCUUUACAGCCUUCACAGUUUGGUAUGUUGUGCACCUCCGAUACCCCAGAAGGUGAAGCCUGUGGGUUGGUCAAAAACUUGGCAUUGAUGACCCAUAUCACCACUGAUGACGAGGAAGAGCCCAUAAGACUGGUUUGUUUCGCCUUAGGAUGUGAAGAUAUUCUCGAGGUGGACUCGGCGACUUUGCACGCCGAUGGAAAUUUUGGCAUUUAUCUCAAUGGUACCAUUAUAGGAACCACUCGAUUCCCGGCUCAAUUUGUGGGAAAUUUCAGAGCUCUUCGUCGAUCUGGAAAAGUUUCACCGUUCAUAUCGAUUCAUACAAACACCCACCAAAAUGCCGUGCAAAUAGCUACCGAUGGAGGUCGGGUUUGUCGUCCUUUGAUUAUUGUCGAUUCCAAAAACAAAGCCAAUGUGAAGGCUGUGCAUUUGAAAAAGCUCAUGGCUGGUGAAUGGGUAUUUGAAGAUUUCAUCAAGCACGGUCUCGUCGAGUAUCUCGACGUCAACGAGGAAAACGACUCAUUUAUUGCAUUGUACGAGAGAGAUCUCGAAGCCAACCAAAAUAUCACCCAUUUGGAAAUCGAGCCUUUCACGGUUUUGGGUGCGGUUGCCGGGUUAAUUCCUUACCCACACCACAACCAGUCGCCCAGAAACACCUACCAGUGUGCUAUGGGUAAGCAAGCAAUUGGAGCCAUAGCAUACAACCAGUUCCGCAGAAUUGACACCUUGUUGUACUUGAUGGUAUACCCGCAACAACCCAUGGUGAAAACCAAAACCAUCGAGCUUAUAGACUACGACAAGUUACCAGCAGGCCAGAAUGCCACUGUGGCAGUGAUGUCGUACUCGGGAUACGAUAUCGAGGAUGCUUUAGUGUUGAACAAAGCAUCAAUUGAUCGAGGUUUUGGUCGGUGUCAAGUGUUGAGGAAAAACACCGUGAAUCUUAAGCGGUACCCAAACCACACCAAGGACGUAGUUUCUGGUAUGAGAGUGGACGAGCAGGGUGAGCCUAUUUUCCCGCAUGCGUCACUUGGUCCAGAUGGAUUGGGAGAAGUUGGUAUGAAGGUGGAAAAUGGCCAGGUUUACGUCAACAAAUGUGUUCCCACCAAUGCCAGUGAAUCUGUAUUGGGAGCCAACGAACCUCAUCACCAGCAGAAUGUGGAAAGUCACCGAGAAACCCCAGCCUAUUACAGAGGCCCUGAACCUUCCUAUAUUGACCAGGUGAUGAUGUCUGUUAGUGACAACGACCAAACCUUGAUCAAGGUUUUGUUGAGACAAACCAGAAGACCCGAGCUUGGAGAUAAGUUUUCUUCUCGACAUGGCCAGAAAGGUGUGUGUGGAAUCAUCGUUCAGCAGGAAGACCUUCCAUUCAACGACGACGGUAUAGUGCCAGAUAUCAUUAUGAACCCACAUGGAUUUCCCUCACGGAUGACAGUGGGAAAAAUGAUUGAGUUGAUUUCGGGAAAAGCAGGUGUGCUCAACGGCAGCUUGGAGUACGGAACAUGUUUUGGCGGCUCCAAACUCGAAGAUAUGUCUGAGAUUUUGGUGAAAAAUGGCUUCAACUACUCUGGAAAAGAUAUGCUUUACUCUGGUAUAACUGGAGAAUGCUUGCAGGCCUACAUCUUCUUUGGACCCAUCUACUACCAGAAGUUGAAACAUAUGGUGUUGGACAAAAUGCAUGCCAGAGCAAGAGGCCCUAGAGCAGUUUUAACGAGACAGCCUACAGAAGGUCGUUCUCGUGAUGGUGGUUUGCGUUUAGGAGAGAUGGAAAGAGACUGUGUAAUUGCAUACGGAGCAUCCCAGCUCUUGUUGGAACGACUCAUGCUUUCCUCAGAUGCAUUUGAGGUUGAUGUUUGCAACAAUUGUGGACUUAUGGGAUACAACAGUUGGUGUACCAGUUGCAAGUCGUCAGAAAAUGUCAUUAAAAUGACAAUUCCGUACGCUGCCAAGUUGUUAUUCCAGGAGUUGUUGUCGAUGAACAUUGCCCCGCGUCUCAAGUUGGAUGACGUGUUUUAA